AUGAUGGCUGUUGACUGCCGGUCUUACCCCCUUACCUCAUCCGCCGCACAUAGCACUCUAAGGAGUCCUACUGAGGGGUCAGCUAGUGGUUUUGCGGGGCUGGUGGAUACAGAUGACGUCCCCAUGUUCAGUCCCGAGAAGCUGCGCAGGUGCCUGGGUGACGUGCUCAGCAAGGAUGCCUACAGUACUAUCUACUCUCUUAAAGGAUACCCUCACCUUGCCGCGAAGGAGAUCCGGCCUGAUGAUCCAGACCAGUAUAGUGUAGAUGCUGCCAAACUCAAGCUAGUCGCUCUUCCAAACACCUCUUAUCCGGAUGUUCUCAGCUGCGGCAAGAUAAUUAAGAGUCGCAAUACGAUUUUUAUUAUCAUGGACCGCCGCUGCGGAGACCUUCAGCAGUUGAUCACUAAUUACAGAGAAACUCAUAAGCCUAUUCCUAAGAGGUUGGUACUUUCCCUUGUAAGAGACCUUGCUAAUUGCCUUAUCUACUUGCAUGAUCCCAUCAAUGGUGUCCACGGCAGCCUGUUUCCUGGUGUUAUCUUCAAGCCUGACAAUAUUUUAUUCACAGAAAAUAGGAGGCACAUUGUUCUUGCGAAUUUCGAACUCUGCAUGGGCAUGUCGAGCUGGGCUACGAAGACCGGCGACCCCGCAUACAUGGCCCCCGAGACGCUCCUCCGCGGUAUCAUAACUCCCGCGUCCAACAUCUGGAGCAUUGGGGCCAUAGCAUACGAGCUCGCCACCCUGAGGAAGCCGGACUUCUUGGGGGGCAGAGAACCAGAGGAUGUCUUCGUCGAUGGGUGGAGGCCCGAUCUGAGUGGCAUCACCGACGGCUUCAUAAAGAGUGUUCUGGAGCGGAUAUUCGUGCUGGAUCCAGAGAGGAGGCCGACAGCCAGAGGGCUUGUCCGUCUGCUUCAGAUGCUCAACGGCCCUCCUGAUGAACAGGAAGCCAAAGAUAAAGCACUGAGGAACAGAUGCGCAUCUUUGGAGGCUGCUCUGAAUGAUGCCAACAACAAGAUCCUAUCUCUUGAGAAGGAGCUUGCUGCUAAAUCCGCAGGGGCAGAUAUCCCUAAGGAGCAGUUUGGUGAGACCUCCAAGACGCUUGAGAAGGUAAAGGAGAUAUGGAUGAAGAUAGGCAUGGGGGACGCGUGGAAUGCAACGGAUACAGCGGAUACGACAGAUACGACAGACACAGUAGAUGCAAUAGAUACGACAGACGAGACAGACAAUAUAGAGGACACAGAGGAGGAGCAUCUCGAAGAGGACGACUCCACCGACCUCAUGAGGGCCGUUGACAGAAACGACGUGGAGGCAGUGAAGACCCUCAUACCGCUCCAGGGAGGCAUGCAGAUGAAGGGAUGCACACAUGUGGACAGAUGGAAGAUAUGCGGAGGGACCGCCCUGAUGAGAGCAGCGAUACACGGUCACACAGAACUUGUGGGGCUGCUACUGGAGAAGGAAGGGGGCAUAAGAGAUAAUAGCGGGUGGACGGCCCUCAUAUGGGCUGCAAGAACUGGUCACAUAGACUGUCUCGAGCUUUUGCUGGAAAGGGAAGGAGGUAUGAGAGAUAACAAUGGAGGAACGGCUCUUAUGGCCACAGUAGGUAAUGGCUACUCGAACUGCGCCAGGAGUUUACUAAGGAAGGAGAUAUGUAUGCAAGAUAAUAACGGAACUACAGCUCUCAUGGCUGCAGCAGGUCGUGGUUAUACAGACUGUGUUAAGCUACUCAUGAAAAAGGAAAGCCGCAUGCAAGAUGGCAAUGGAUGGACCGCUCUCAUGUGCGCUGCAGAGCUCGGCCGCACAGACUGCGUCAAAUUACUUGUGGAGCUGGAGGGUGGUAUGCAGAGGACUGACGGGAUGACCGCUCUCAUGUGGGCUGCGCAGAAUCGUCACGUAGAUUGUGUUAGGCUACUCGUAGACAAGGAAGCUGGCAUGAAGGAGAAAACGGGAUGGACCGCUCUUAUGUUUGCUAUGAAAAUUGGUAGUAUUGACUGUGUAAAGCUCCUCGUGAGAGAGAAGAGUCUGAGAGACAGUACGGGAGGAGAUGCUCUUUGUAUGGCCAAGCUAUGGGGAUGCCACGAGAUAGUCUCCCUCCUCUCGAACGAAGUACUACAAAGGUUGGAGUGCUGCUGUUAA